AUGAUGUGCGAAGUGAUGCCCACCAUUUCGGAGGACGGGCGCGGUGGAGGCCCCUCCUCUCCUGGGGUCGGGGCUGGGGGCCCUGGUGGGGCCAUUGAGGGAGGGGGCUACGGUGGCCGAGGAGAAUCAAGGGGUGGGGGUGAUGAGGGAGGCAGCACAGGGAACCUGGAGUCCCUGAUGGUCAACAUGCUGACCGAGAGGGAGAGGCUGCUGGAGAGCCUGAAGGAGACCCAGGACAGCCUUGGGACGGCCCAGCUACGCCUCAGAGAGCUAGGCCAUGAGAAGGACUCCCUCUCCAGACAGUUGUCCAUCGCCCUGCCACAGGAGUUUGCUGUGCUGACUAAGGAGCUGAAUGUUUGCCGGGAGCAGCUACUGGAGAGGGAAGAGGAGAUUUCUGAGCUCAAGGCGGAGAGAAACAACACACGUUUGUUACUAGAGCACCUGGAGUGUCUUGUGUCCCGUCACGAGCGCAGUCUGAGGAUGACGGUGGUGAAGAGACAGGCCCAGUCCCCAGCAGGGGUCUCCAGUGAAGUGGAGGUCCUCAAGGCCCUCAAGUCCCUGUUUGAACACCACAAGGCUUUGGAUGAGAAGGUUCGAGAGCGACUCCGGGUGGCCCUUGAGAGAGUGACUCUUUUGGAGGAUCAACUACAAGCAACAGCACAAGAGGUAAUCUCUUUAAGAGACCCAAUUAAAAGACGGCAACAAGGGAUGGACGGCGGGAAAGAUCGCCUACCCAAUGGGCCGUCUUCUGGAUUGGACGGUGAGAUUGACAGACAGAGAGAAACGGAGAUAGAGCGCCUAAGAGCUGAGCUCUCCCAGCUGAAAGAGAGACUGGCCCUGAUGUGUCGACAGGUUGGGGAAAUAGAGGAACAGCUUGCAACCGCCAGGAGGGAGGUGACAAAGUCGGAGGAGGCCAAUAAGAAGCUCCAGAGGGACGUGAAGGAGGCUCUGUGCCAGAGGGAGGAUAUGGAGGAGAGGAUUACUACAUUAGAACGCAGGUACCUUAGUGCUCAGAGGGAAGCAACCUCUCUACAUGACAUCAAAGACAAGCUGGAGAAUGAGCUGGCCAGCAAGGAGUCACUGCACAGACAGAGUGAGGAGAAGAACAGGCAGUUCCAGGAGCGUCUGGAGGACGCCAAGCAGAAACUCCAGCAGACCCUGCAGCGGGCCGAAACACUGCCCGAGAUUGAGGCCCAGCUCGCCCAAAGAGUGGCUGCCCUCAACAAGGCAGAGGAACGCCAUGGAAACUUUGAGGAGCGACUACGACAGAUCGAGGCACAACUUGAAGAGAAGAAUCAGGAGUUGCAGAGGGCAAGGCAGAGAGAGAAAAUGAAUGACGAACACAACAAACGCCUCUCGGAUAUGGUGGACAAGCUACUGUCUGAGUCCAACGAGCGACUGCAGCUUCACCUCAAAGAGAGAAUGGCUGCCCUAGAGGAGAAGAAUGUACUGUCAGAGGAGUUAGCAAACAUGAAGAAAAUCCAAGAUGAUCUUUUAGCAAACAAGGACCAGCUCAUAGCCGAGCUGGAGAGGAUUCAGCUGGAGGUGGAUCAACUGAGGGGGAGGCCUGGCUCUUCCUAUUCCAGAUCUCUUUCAGGGAGUGCCUCAGAGCUCCGGUACCCCCAGGGUGGUGGCUCCCUCCCAGCCGGCUAUGGCAGCUCCUCCUGUGGCGUGGUGGUCCGGAGGGCACACCGCGGCCGAUGGGCUUCCCCUAGGGAUGAAAGCAACAAGUAUGGAGAGUGGGACAGUGGCACCAUGCUGGGUUCCAGGUUUGAGGGGGGAGCUGAGGGGGGCUGCUCGGACGACGAAGAGGACAGGGAGACCCUGUUUGGCUCGGAGCUGCUCUCGCCCAGCGGACAGACGGACGUGCAGACCCUCGCCAUCAUGCUGCAGGAGCAACUGGAGGCCAUCAACAAGGAGAUCAAGCUGAUCCAGGAGGAGAAGGAGAGCACUCAGCUGAGGGCGGAGGAGAUCGAGAGCCGGGUGAGCAGCGUGGCCUUGGACUCCAACCCUCUCCUCCCCCCCUCCUCACUGGGCGGGGGCAGGGAGAGUGUGGGGAGGGGCUACAUGACCCCCUCCCUCACUUCCUCCACCUUGGCCUCCCCGUCUCCCCCUAGCUCUGGACAUUCCACCCCCCGACUGUCACAUUCCCCUGCCCGAGAGUCAGACAGACAGAACAGCAAAGAGAGCGACGACUGCCGGGCGCUAGCCCUGAUUGACUCUACCCCUCCAGUUCCUCGCGCUCUGCGAUUAGACAGAAUGACUCACACACACCCAGGGGCGGGGCUGGAUGAUCACCGCGAAUUCCGCAGUCUGUCUGCUGAUGGUGCAACCACCAGUAGUCAGGACUCUCUCCACAAAGCCAGCAAGAGGAAGAGCAUCAAGUCCUCCAUUGGACGCCUGUUUGGAAAGAAGGAGAAAGGGAGGAUUGGAGGACCUGGGAGUCAGUCUGCCUCUCUGGCCUCCACGCCCUCUGAUGACCUGGGAUCAGCCGACCCCCUGGGCCUGGCCAAGAUGGGAACUGGCACCGUGGAGAAAGAUCGCCGCAGCAAGAAGAAGCAAGACCUGCUAGAAAAAGCCUGUCGUCAGGGUCUUCCCUUUGCCUCAUGGGAUGGCCCCACCGUGGUCACAUGGCUUGAGUUGUGGGUGGGCAUGCCCGCCUGGUAUGUGGCUGCGUGUCGUGCCAAUGUGAAGAGCGGUGCCAUUAUGGCCAACCUGUCGGACACAGAGAUCCAGCGGGAGAUUGGCAUCAGUAACCCCCUGCACCGCCUUAAACUGCGCCUGGCCAUUCAGGAGAUGGUGUCCCUCACCAGCCCCUCGGCACCGGCCAGCACACACUCUUCGACCAGUAAUAUCUGGAUGACUCAUGCAGAAAUGGAGUCACUGACCGCUGCCAUAAAACCAGAAGUGAAGGAGUUCAGCUGGGACCAGAUCCUGGCCUACGGGGACAUGAAUCAUGAGUGGGUAGGGAAUGAGUGGUUGCCCAGCCUGGGUCUGCCCCAGUACCGUUCCUACUUCAUGGAGUCUCUGGUGGAUGCUCGCAUGCUGGACCACCUCACCAAGAAGGAGCUUAGGGGACAGCUUAAAAUGGUGGACAGCUUCCACAGGGUCAGUCUGCAUUAUGGCAUCAUGUGCUUGAAGCGUUUGAACUAUGACAGGAAGGAGCUUGAAAGGAGGAGGGAUGAGAACCAACAUCAGAACCAAGAUGUGAUGGUAUGGUCCAAUGAUCGAGUGAUGUGUUGGGUCCAGGCCAUUGGGCUAAAGGAGUUUGCAGAUAAUCUCACAGAGAGUGGGGUCCAUGGGGCCCUCCUAGCCCUGGACGACACGUUUGAUUACACCGACCUAGCCCUGCUCCUCCAGAUGCCCAAUCAGAACACACAGGCGAGGCAGAUGCUGGAGAAGGAGUACAAUGCUCUCAUCUCCAUGGGAACUGAGAGAAGACCAGAUGAGGAUGGCACUAAGACGUUCAGUCGUUCACCCUCGUGGAGAAAGAUGUUCAGAGAGAAGGACCUCCGGGGCGUGACCUCUGAUUCCUCGGAAACGUUACCCGCCAACUUCCGUGCCUCCGCCAUCUCCACGCCCUCCGUCACCCUGAGGAAAGUCCAAAGUGAAGUGAACUCCGGGCCCAGGGGUGAGUCAGGGUCAGUGAGAACAUAUUCCUGCUAG